UCACGUGAUCAAUCUAUUCUUCUUCGCUAGCUAGCUGUGACUGCGAUAUUCAUUUGACCUUUGAAUUUCUUCUCAAACGGCCAUGAGUUCCGAGGAAACUUGUAAAGAAAAGACCUGUAGCACAUACGAUUGGUUGUGCGCUAACCCUCUAGCCUCGUCUUUUGGUACUACGCUCUGUUCCAUUUAUGGCGCAUCCAAGAGCUACAAUGGAGUGACUAGCUGGACUUUGGGCUCUGUUGAAUCUGCUGUCGGUUACGCCUCGUCUAAAGCACAGCCUCUUCUUGAUGGAGUUUCUGGUAAACUUGAAGGACCAAUUGAAUAUGUUGAUUCUUGUGUUGCGGGCGGAUUAAAGAAACUUGAAGAUAAGUACCCUGUUGUUGGAAAACCACCAUCAGAGAUAAUGAGUGAAGGGAAGCAGGUGGUCACCACUGCAAUUAGUGAUGGCCAGGAAUAUCUGAGCAACACUCGUGCUGGAGCCAUCAUUGGUUAUGGUGUUGAUAAAACUUUGAACAUUACCGAAGGCCUCGUCGAUAGCAUUUUGCCACCUGAAAAUGAUGACGAAGAAGCUUCUGAGGAAAAGACUGAGUGUGAAGAGCCUGAGUCUUCUGUUGCUGCACCUGUCAAGAAGACUAAGAAGUCUUGGUUUGGUCUUAGGAAGAGGAAGCAAGUUGUUGUGAAGGAAGACCCAGAACCAAAACCAGAGCCAGAACCAGUUGAAGUUACUGCCUCGCGCUCUGAGCGUGCCUACAACAUCUCCUAUGCCAUUUACUAUCGGUCUGUAGUAAAGCUUCAUUCGCUUCAGCAGCAAGUCUUUGUCUCUCUUCAAAGGCUAAAAACCAGUUUGAAUCUGCUCCAAUAUGCCCAGAGCAUUUCUUCUGGGGUUGACAAGCAAAGGCAGAGUGUUGCCCAGGCACUCUCAGAUGCCGAGGCCAAGAUUCGUAACUACUUGUCCCAAAAAUGCAAAACCAAAGAGCAGCAAUCUUCCUACAGCUGGCUCUCAGAUGGUGAAGAUGGCGAGAACAUCAACUGGUUGAUUCAGCCCGACAGCAAAAAGGGUAUCUUUCAAUCCGCUUUCGAAUAUGCCAAAACUGCUAGUGGAAAAGUCCUGGAAAGCCUUCAGUCUCUCUCGUCCCUCAAUGGAUACCUCCCUGUUCGACUUCGGAAAGGAAUUGAAAACGCCAUCCAACAGGCUCGUGAUGUUUACACUACACUCAAGCUAAACAAUGUCCCUGCUGAACUACCUUCGUUCCUUCUUAGUCAAGUAUUGGACGUCGUUGAAACUCAAAUGGUGUUCUGUAAGAAGCUAGGAGGCUACAUUACUUCCUUUCUGCUCAAGGCUCGAGUUGGCUCAGCCACAACUCCUGAUGAUGGAUCUGAGACUAGUAGUCAGGGUGUGUCUGAAGUACGGCUGGAUUUAGAUGAAGAGGAGGAAGAGGAAAAUGAGGACGAAGACAAAAUAUAAUACUAACAUUUGAUUAACCUUAACAUAAAUAAAAUAAUACACGUACAUGUACAUGCAUACACUAGUGUGGUAAUUUUGUUGAUUUAAUGGAAUGAUUGUUGGGUGUGGUUACCACGCCCAUCACUAA